CUAGAUAUUUCAGUCAUUCAUUUUUCUGAUACAAAAGUAGGUGGUUCUAAGAACCUGGAGUAAACAUUGUCUUUAUGAAUCUAGAAUUGAUUUUAGAUGGCUAUUGUGCUUGUCAGUUGAAAUUUAAAAGUUGCCUUAGGCAAUAAUAAUUUUCUUAGUACAUUCAUGUAAUAUGAAAGACAAAUUUGAGAACCAAGUUCUAUUUUGACUAAAUAGUUAAAUAUUGAUGCUUUUAAAUUUAAAUAUGUUCUAAUUUGCCUUUUCCCUUUUUUUUUUUUUGCUUUUGACUCUUGUGGCAUAUUAUGGAUUCUCAAGGAAAGAGUGACAUUUCAACAGCUAUAAAUCAGGGAGGGAUUUCUUUAAAAAUGCUUAUGCUUUGAAUUCCCAAGCCACAUACAUAUCCUAUAACGUGUGGAAUGACCUGUGACUCUGAGAAUCGACAUAAAAUGCAAACCUUUAUACAAAAACAUUUAUUUCUGAUGUAUGUCACAAAUUUACAUAUUUAGUUUUAUAAAGAGCAUACAGAUAUUCGUUAAGCUGUGUGUAAUGAAAAUUUGCCCACCAUCAAACUUUUUAGAAAGAAAGAGAACAUAAACUAAUGUUAAAAAUUUUAACAGCUUGCUGUUUAGAAUUCUAAAAAUUGGAGAUCAAGCAUUCUACAGUGGGGCUUAGAAACAAAGACGGGAGCAUGUCUUGAUAGUUAUCCUCAACCUGUGAAUUCUCCUUUCAGUUUCUUCAAGAAGUAGCGACUGAAAGUUUUUAUUUUUUUGAUGGGGAGAAGGAAACUAAUAAUUGCUUAUUUUGUGCCGGUCACCAUGCUAAAGAUUAGUGUUUAUCUUUAGAAGUAGCUGAAUAGUUUUGAGCCUUGGGUGGUGGUAAUCCUUUUUGGGUUGGGCAAAAUGGGCUCAGAAGUUCUGGGUUUUUUUAAUUUUUAUUUUCAAAGUUUGUCACUCUCUUAGAUAAAAGCAGGGUUAUUAGAAUUUCAUGUGUUUCCCAGUCCUUUAAAUGCCCUUUAAAAACAGUUUAGCUUAUUCAUUGCUAAUUAAGUGUUUAAUUAAUUUUAUUUUAAUGGAAUAAUCUGAAUACGUAUUAAAAGAAUGAACCAAUCUGGGGGAAAAUGUCAUGUUACAGAAGCAUUUACUAGUUUAUAAACUGGAAUUUAUGUUUAAUAACAGCCAUAAUCCUUAAGUUUUACAACUAAAAUUCUGAGUAGCUGUGGUGCCCAUUUAGCAAUACUGUGGAUUACCUAUCCACAGUGAUAAAUCUAGCAGUUUUGAAACUGUCACUCAUAGCAGUGUUAUCACAGUAUCUGUUACAUUAGGUUCCAUAUUUAUUCUCAAGAUUUUACUGUAGGUCAUCUUGGUUUUUUUUUGGGGGGGGGCGGGAAUUAGAUUGGCUUAUUUAGUUCACUUUUAUGAUUUCAUUGGUAAUUGAAGCAAAUUCAUUUGUUCAUACUUCCAUUCAGCAUGUUUGAGUGUCUCCAGUGUACUGUGCCAUCAGCAGUGAAUAAGACAAUUCUAAUGGGUCUUAUUUUAUAAUUGGGAGAAACAGAUAAGUAUGCAAAAUAUCAGCUUAAUGAUAAGAACUGUGAAGAAACAUAAAGCCUGAUGUGAGGGGAUAGUAAGGGAUCAGUGCACUAUUUUGAGUGAGUUGGGUGCCUUUAGAAGGAGUAGUGACUUGCAGAGGCACAUGUAUACUAGUUAAAAAUGGCUAGAAGUUCAGAGGGCCAGAAUUGUCUCGUAGGUUUUUUUAAAUGUUUAUUUAUUUUGAGAGAGAGAGUGAAUCCCAAUUGGAAUCUGCUCUGUCAGCUUGGAACCCAACAAGGGGCUUGAACUCAAGAACCUUGAGAUCAUACCUGAGCCGGAAGCAAGAGUCAGACACCUAACCAACUGACCCACCCAGGAUUCAAGAUGACCAACGAGGAACCUCUUCCCAAAAAGGUUCGACUGAGUGAAACAGACUUCAAAGUUAUGGCACGAGAUGAGUUAAUUCUAAGAUGGAAACAAUAUGAAGCAUACGUCCAAGCUUUGGAGGGCAAAUACACAGAUCUUAAUUCUAAUGACGUAACUGGGUUAAGAGAGUCUGAAGAAAAACUAAAGCAACAACAGCAAGAGUCUGCCCGCAGGGAAAACAUCCUAGUAAUGCGACUGGCUACCAAGGAGCAAGAGAUGCAAGAGUGUACUACUCAAAUCCAGUACCUCAAGCAAGUCCAGCAGCCUAGCGUUGCCCAACUGAGAUCAACAAUGGUAGACCCAGCGAUCAACUUGUUUUUCCUAAAAAUGAAAGGUGAACUGGAACAGACUAAAGACAAACUGGAACAAGCCCAAAAUGAACUGAGUGCCUGGAAGUUUACGCCUGAUAGCCAAACAGGCAAAAAGUUAAUGGCGAAGUGUCGAAUGCUUAUCCAGGAGAAUCAAGAACUUGGAAGGCAGCUGUCCCAGGGACGUAUUGCACAACUUGAAGCAGAGUUGGCUUUACAGAAGAAAUAUAGUGAGGAGCUUAAAAGCAGUCAGGAUGAACUGAAUGACUUCAUCAUUCAACUUGACGAAGAAGUUGAGGGUAUGCAGAGCACCAUUCUAGUUCUUCAGCAACAGCUGAAAGAGACGCGUCAGCAGUUGGCUCAGUACCAACAACAGCAGUCUCAGGCUCCAGCCCCAAGUACCAGCAGGACUACACCUUCCGAGCCUGGAGGACAGGCGGAGGCCACAGGUAAAGACUGCAGCCGGCUGGCCAACGGACCAAGUAAUGGCAGUUCCUCCCGGCAGAGGACGUCUGGGUCUGGAUUUCACAGGGAGGGGGACACAGCCGAAGAUGACUUUCCUUCUUCUCCAGGGAAUGGGAAUAAGGCCUCCAACAGCUCAGAGGAGAGAACUGGCAGAGGAGGUGGUAGUUACGUAAAUCAACUCAGUGCGGGGUAUGAAAGUGUAGACUCUCCCACGGGCAGUGAAAACUCUCUCACACACCACUCAAAUGACACAGACUCCAAUCCUGACCCUCAAGAGGAGAAAACAGUGAGUGGGAAAGGUAACCGAACUACGGGUUCCCGCCACGUUCAGAAUGGCUUGGACUCAAGUGUAAAUGUACAGGGUUCAGUUUUGUAAUAUUUUUUCCAACAAGUUUUUAUACAGUGUCAUUUAAUUUGGGAGAGGAUACUGUCCGGAAAAUUAACGCAUACUUUUGUCACAAUUUGCCUUUUUUUUGUGGGUGUGGUUUUUUUUUUCUUUUCCUCCCCGCCCCUCCCCCCCCUUUGCUUCAAUACCUCUGCCACUUUGGAAAUUGUAACAGUUAAUUACCUUGAAUGUUGCUAAAAGGACAUUUUGUGUAGGGUCAAGUUAUUUUUAUAUGAGUUAAUGUGAAGUUGUAAAUGGAAAUCUUUCCCUAAAGUAUAACACAAUGAUGUCUGUAUAAAUCUGUGUCUAUCCUAGAACCUGUGCUGUGUACGGGCAUUCUUCCUCAUGCUGUUAUUAUACUUAUGCACCAUUCAGACUUGUUAGAGUAGAUGUGGGUUUAUGACUGCCAAGUUUGCCCAGUACAGUAGUUUUUCACUAAAAGCUGGACUUGCUGAUGGAGUCCUAGAGUAGUUUCAGUGUUAGAUACAGUUUUUUCCACCUUACAUCUGUGCAUUUUCUCUUUAGGUGACUGAAUGUUUAAGAAAUUUGUGUGCAUAGUUACUCAGUUUUUAUGAACUGUUGUAUCCUGUUAAUGCAUAUUGCUCUGUGACUCCAGUAUAUCUUACCUGUACUGACCAAACCUAAAUAAAGAUUUUUAUUGUAA